UUCUUGGUUUAGAAAUCGAGGUUACAUUCAGGUUACACUAUUGUUGGCACGAACCAUAUUCCGCGAUCAUGUUCAGCUCGUCGUCGACGUCCAAGACGAACCUCCCGGCGCCCGUGCUGCCCUGGGUGGAGAAGUAUCGCCCCAAGAACGUAGACGAAAUCUCGCACCAGGAGCAUGUGGUAGCCACGCUCAAAACGUCGAUCGCCAAUGGACAGCUACCCCACUUGCUGUUCUACGGACCUCCAGGUACUGGCAAGACGUCCACGAUCGUGGCUGUGGGGCGCCAACUCUUUGGCCCGGACUUCCGCAAGAACGGCCGCUUCCUGGAGCUGAACGCGUCGGAUGACCGAGGUAUCAAGGUGGUACGCGAGAAGGUCAAGAGCUUCGCCCAGGGUGCCAUCAGCAGUGCCAGCGGCCUACCGCCCUUUAAAAUCAUCGUACUCGAUGAGGCCGAUUCCAUGACGGGCGACGCGCAAUCUGCGCUGCGUCGCAUGAUGGAGAAUUAUUCCAAGGUCACUCGCUUUUGCCUCAUCUGUAACUACGUGAGUCGCAUCAUUGAGCCUGUGGCCUCGCGUUGUGCCAAAUUCCGCUUUGCGCCACUGGAAAAGAUAUCCAUGGCAUCUCGUGUGCGCUUCAUCGCCUCCGAAGAGCACGUCAAUGUGUCUGAUUCGGUGCUGGAGUCGCUGCUCGAGUGCUCGAAUGGAGACUUGCGUAAGGCGAUUAACUACCUUCAAAGUGCCAAGCAGCUUUGUGGGGACGAUGAGCUGUCACAAGAUGAUGUCAUUGCUGUGGCUGGUCUUGCUCCGCCAGAGCUGCUGCAGCAGUUUUGGGUCUCGGUGGCUUCCAACAGCUUUGAGAAGAUGAAGACAGACAUCGAGAAUAUCCUGCUGGCUGGAUACCCAGUCCUUACGAUUUUGCGGCAGCUGAAUGAUGACGUUCUCGCACUAGACAAGCUCAACGAUGUACAGAAGGCCAAGAUUUGCCUGCGCAUUGCUGAGGCCGAUAAGAGGCUGGUGGAUGGCGCCAGCGAACACUUUCAGCUGCUAGCCGUUGCAUCCUACGCCAUGCGCAUUUAUCAUACGUCGUAAUAGAUCUAAGGAGUUUCGUAUGAUGAUGACACGCAUUAAUAAAGCGGUGUGCUGAUGAUGAAUGGAUACAUGCACAAAAGAAUUUUAGAAGAUAGCAACUCCAAGCACAGGGCUAGCACUCGGUAA